AAGUAUUUGCUGUACAUCGACGGUUCAUUUUUAAAAUCCCUCUGACAAUCAUUUCAACGAGCCAUCUUUACCAUUAACUGUAUGCUCUGCUAUCGAAGAUUUCUCAGCAAAUAACAAUGGGUAGGCCUCCGGCUGUUAUCAUUGUUGUCAGACAUGGUGCUCGCCUCGAUCAAGCAGAUAAUCAAUGGUACCUCACAACUCCGACUCCAUACGAUCCGCCUCUUACAUAUGGUGGAUGGUCGCAAUCAAGAGCUCUCGGUGCCCGUAUAGCUAACAUCCUACGAACUCGUGAGACGGACGAUGAGUUUGUUGGUCGAGAUGUUCAAAAUGGAGGUAAAAAUAGAAAGAGAAGGCACAAAGUUAUUAUACAUACCUCGCCAUUUUUGCGCUGCGUCCAGACAUCAGUUGCCAUAAGUUCUGGCCUCGCACAAAACCCGGGUCAUACACAUCACUCUCAGCGAUCCCCUUCCACACAUUCCCAGCACAAAAGUUCGCAGAUGCACUCGUCACCCAGAGUCCGCCCGACUACAUCGACAGACUCGCCUAGACUAGCCCCACUCCUGGAGACUACGACUAUUGCGUCGAGUUCGAGUAACAAGAUUAUCGGGCAAACUGAAAACAUAAAAAAAUCGAUAGUACGAGUUGAUGCGUUUCUCGGAGAAUGGCUGGCUCCGGAUUACUUUGAACAUAUCACUCCGCCCCCAAGCUCUAUUAUGAUGGUAGCCGGUGCUAAAGCCGAUCUGUUACGAAGAGAGGAUCACAAUAGCUUGAUACAUGUGCGAGACUUCUCCGCCCAAGGUUCAUCCUUCCAACCUUUUCCGGGUGGGUGGGGAAGUCCUAUUACAGCCGAGAAAAAAGAUUUCCCAUCAGUGUCGAGUUUGAGCCAUGCGCUACCCAGAAGAGAUCGAACAAGCAGUUUGAGUAGCGUGGGAAGUGAUGGAAGUCGUCAAGGCUUGAAGGCCGAUGGUAAUCUACCCACUUCUGAACACGGCAUUUAUCAACCGCCUGUUCCGAGUUAUGCAAUUUCUACAUCUGAUCCUAUACCACCUGGAUAUGCUACGCACGCUAGAGAUGCAUGUGUUGAUGUUGAUUAUCAAUGGGACAGUAUGCGCGAGCCUUUGAGUUGGGGAAAUGGUGGUGAAUACGGUGAAGAAUGGCCCUCGAUGCAUAAAAGAUUCCGCAAAGGCCUCCACAGCAUGUUAGAUUGGUAUAAUACUAGUGUGAAUUUUGAUAGAAUGGCAACCAAGACUCCUUCUAGCCCAGAGCUUGGAAAGCACUUUUCCAUUGACGAAGAUCAUGAAGAUGAAGAUACGGAUUUGGUCCUUAUCCUGGUCACUCAUGGCGCCGGAUGCAAUGCACUCAUUGGUGCCUUGACUAACCAACCCCUUUUAAUGGACGUCGGAAUGGCAUCGUUAACUAUGGCCGUCCGGAAACCUACACCCGAAGAGAUCCCCGUUUCCUCCCCCGGUGCAACAUCUAAGGCACAUUCUCGUACAAAUUCGAAGAAUUCAUUAAUCGCAAACGAAUAUGAUAUAAAACUGUUAGCAAAUACAGAGCACCUUCGAUCUACUCCGAAUAGUACUGUCUCUUCCCGCAAUCCUUCUAUCGCAAAUCUGUCUACAUUCCGUGAACGUCAGCCUGCAGAUCCAAAUCGUUCCACGACUAUGAACUCCAGUCUGGGCAGUAUCAGAAGAACAGCAAGCAUAGCGAGUUCUCAGCCUCGCACGUUUACACCGGCCAGGCAAUCAUCUAUUGGGCUCUGGAGCGCCACUCCUCCGCUUAGGGAAUCCGUCGAUGAAAAUGAUGACACGGAUGGUGAUAGCAUGAUAUUGAAUUUUGGAGAUGAUGGAACAAACGCGAAAACACAAGUCUCAUCGACAUCGACUUCGGCAGUUGAAGAAGAUAAUAAAGCAACCGUGGCGAAGAACCAAGAGAUAGAAAUAAGUGCAGUAGAGGAAGAUGAAGUUGCUCCCUUGGGAUUAUGGGGUUCACCAAGACUACAAGCAAGUUCGGGCCCAGCUGUAGAUCCUGGACAUGCGCCAAAGAGAAGGUGGACUGUUAAUGAAAGAUCAUGAUUGUCCACUGACAUCAAGGAACGAGGUCUUUCAAUAUGCGAAUGGAGAGGAAGAAGACAAGAGAAAUAUCACCCGGGAAUUGACUGUACCAAAGAAUGGAUGGAUAGCUCUUCUUGCGCCUAGGGUAGGGUACGGUACGGAUGGAUGGAUGGAAGAAUAGACUUUUGUGAACUUUUAUUAGUUGAUCAUUUUCAUUGGAGCGUGGCGUGGGCGUACGGUGUUCAAUAGGUUUAAAUGGGACAACCAAAAGUGUGCACGGAUAUGAUAGCAUGCAUGGCUGAUCCAAACGAUUUUCUGUAAACAAGAGCUUGCAAAUGGUCUGAGGAACGAUAUGCUGGGAACAUCGACUGGAUGGUUUUUGGCCAUUACAUAUGUUAAUUAGGAUAAGGAUCACUAGUAUAGCUUGGACGCAGGGUUAUCUUUCCAACCAAAUGUUA